AUGGGCUGCCGUGAGACGUCGGGAGCGAUGCUGCUGCUCCUGCUGCUCCUCGUGGCCGCCUGCCGGCCGGCGCACAGCUUCUCCGGCAGUUGCGACACCUGCGGGCUCCGGCCCGUGGCUUAUCAUUAUAACAAUAUGCGGGUUGUGGGAGGCACGGAAGCCCUGCAUGGAUCGUGGCCGUGGAUCGUCAGCAUCCAGAACCCCCGGUUUGCAGGCACUGGUCACAUGUGUGGUGGAUCCCUCAUCACCCCACAGUGGGUGCUCUCAGCAGCGCACUGCUUCGGCCGCCCCAACUACAUCCUGGAGUCGCGCGUGGUGAUCGGCGCCAACGAUUUGACUCACCUGGGCCAGGAGGUGGAGGUGCACACCAUCAGGAGGGCGAUACUUCACGAAUACUUCAACAACAAGACAAUGAUCAACGACAUUGCGCUGCUCGAGUUGGAUCGACCCGUGCACUGCAGCUACUACAUCCAGCUGGCCUGCGUGCCCGACCCCUCGCUGCGAGUGUCAGAGCUCACAGACUGCUAUGUCAGUGGCUGGGGACACACGGGGAUGAGAUCUGCAGCACCCACCCAAACCGCCGAGGUCCUGCAGGAGGCCAAGGUCCAACUCCUCGACCUCAACCUCUGCAACAGCAGCCACUGGUACGCCGGGGUGCUCCAUACCCACAAUCUGUGUGCUGGUUACCCGCAGGGCGGCAUCGACACCUGCCAGGGCGACAGCGGCGGCCCUCUGAUGUGCAGAGACAGCCAUGCUGACUAUUUCUGGCUGGUUGGUGUGACCAGCUGGGGGAAAGGCUGCGGCAGAGCAUUUCGCCCUGGAGUCUACACCUCCACUCAGCACUUUUACAACUGGAUCCUGCUACAGAUGAGAGCAGCAGCCCACCCGACGUCGCGGACAUGGAGUCAUUUCAUGACCACCUCAGCCUAUUAUCACGGGACAAAUGCAGUGCCAACACAACCGAGCGUGUCGGACACCUGUCCAUAUCCAGUCCAAAAGCUUAGGGAAUUCUUUACUGGAGUGCAGAACCUCCUGCAGACCCUUUGGGGAAACAAGGCUUAA